CUUCUGAAUGGCGUCGAGCGAUAGGCGCCGUUCAGAGCAACAUGAGUGGCCCGCACACCGGAAACGCCCGUGGCCCCUCAACUCAAACGAUGCUCAGCAACUCAGGCUUUUUUCUGCGGCGCCUUCUGUAAUGCUGUGUUUCGUUGAUUCACUUCAGAUAUUGAGGUACACUACAGUAGAAGCUUCGGUGGCAGCCGCCGCCGCUAGAGAGGCCGGGAGAAAAUCAACAACUCUCUACAAAGAGGAUCUGUACAAACCACCUCCACCGUUGCCGGUGCGCCUUGGGGGGUGCAAACGCACUCAUAGGCAGAUGCACGCAGAAGGUUCUCGGAUUCUCUCGUCAUCGGCUCGAAAGAACAGUCGCUUUCCUCCACCCGCCCAUUGAAGUCUUACGGAGCUCCGCGGCAGGCCUGUGACAGCGCCCCCUCAGGGGCGCAGGGUGCCGCCGGCUGAUGAGAGGACCCUACGCUUAGCGGACUCCUCCCUGUCUUAUGCACUAAUUCUACAAAAGUAGUCAGUUUUCUGCUUACUAGAGUGGCGAGUCGACUGGAUUUGUGGCAACGUACCGCUCAGCGGCGCUGAUAGAAGUUUCAGAAGCAGUGGACCGUAAGAUGUAUGGACGAUGUACGAAAGAUUGCAUACGUGUGCAAUAAUAGCAAACCAUGCACGAAAAAUGAUGAUGUGCGAGCUGACCCAAUCACAUGGAGAAAUGCAGUCCACUUAGACUGUGUAAUACAUUCAGUUGCAGGUUACCAUUAGGUCAACACAGGGGGCAACUCAGGCAGCACACAGAAGUGGUGUCGUUGCCGAUUCCCAGACGAUUCCCGCUGCUGUCGAAGCCUCCCGCCGCCUUUUGGGCAGCCUACGAGGUGUUCGUAUGGUGAUCUGAUGAUGCUGGAUCUGAACCAGCACGUACCCCUGUCGCCAACCACCAUCAGUGGCCACCUCGGCGGCCAAAUCGGCCAGCACCUGAUGAGCGCCGUUAGCUCGGCGGAUCUGCUCAGUAUGACGGUUGCCAGUACGGUGCGUCGCUGCGAAAAGGACAACGUUGACGACCUGAAGGCCGACCUUAAAUCGUCGGCAACCUCGCAAACGGCCCUUGGCCAUCACCAUCAUCAUGGCAGCAUUCACUCCACCAUCGUCUCUGCUCACGACGACGUAAAGGACACUCCCCAUCUACUCAAGCGGAAACGCAUGAGAAUCGACGAUGUGGUUGAUCGACUCAGUAAUCACUCGACGACAAUGUUAACAUCGACGACGGCGAUUACGCGAACGGCCAGCCCAACGAUGACGGCGCCACCUCCGAAAAAAAGGCACAGUGGUAGCGAAGCUGUGGAUAGCUCCGCAAAUCGACGUGAUGACCGCGUCUCGUCAUCGGAAGACAGCAAAUCGAUCUACGUUGCCGAUACUCCGCCGUCAAGUUCGUGGUCACCGAAGUCGUCCUCGUACGCUGACCAUGUUCGGUCCCUUCUUCCUGUCUCGCCCAUUUCACCAAUUUACUCGUCCCUUGAGCAUCUGCUUCCCGAGCUGCUCAAACGUGACCAGCUGCUUAGGCAACAAUCACAGUCGACGUCGAGUCUCGAGUCGGUCACGUCAACCCCGCAGGACUCACCACUCGACCUGUCUGUUCGUCGUACACCAUCACCCGCUGCAGGCGCCACCGACGAAUCUGCCCUGUUGCGCAGUUCAACGACGCCGCCAGCGCCCUUCGACUUUCCUCGGGUGCCGAUGCAGUUCCGGUUCGACCUCGGCCUUCUUGGUCUUGCCUCACCAGCCGGCUCACCACUGCUGACGCCACCGUUUUACCCGACGCCAACAACGGCAACAACGACGAAAACGAAAACUACGUCGACGAAAUCGUCACCGAAAUCGUCAUCGUCAAGUAACACCGCCACCCCAUCGGUGCCUGCCUUGUCGUCCACCAAAUUCGAAUCUUCUGCCAAGAAUUCGGCCAGCGGUAGUGUUUCCACCCGGAAGAGCUCAUCGACGCCAUCGCCCGUCAAGCGGCGUCAAUCUCCCACUCAGUCAUCACCUUUGCAGUCAUCGUCGGCUGAAGCAAGCAGCAGUCCCGAAGAGGCCAGUAGUCAAGGCAGCAGUCCCGGUUACGUCUGCUCGAUUUGUGGUCAAACGUUCUCGCUUCACGACCGACUCGCUAAACACAUUGCGUCGCGACACCGAAACAAGCAGGCGGCGUCGCCUGAUCCCGGCUCGGGUGGCUCUUUGGGCUCGUCAUCUGGCGGAACGGGCAACGGGCGUAGCUAUUCGUGCGAUAUCUGCCAGCGGUCGUUCGCUCGGAGCGACAUGUUGACGCGCCACAUGCGGUUGCAUACCGGCGUCAAGCCGUACACGUGCAAAGUGUGCGGCCAGGUGUUCUCGCGCAGCGACCAUCUGUCCACGCACCAACGCACGCAUACCGGCGAGAAGCCAUACAAGUGCCCGCAGUGUCCCUAUGCCGCCUGUCGACGGGACAUGAUCACACGGCAUAUGCGAACGCACGCCCGUUACGCGCUUCCACCGACGCUGCCCGACUCGAGUUCGUCGUCUCUUGAGGAGGAGCCACUGGCCAUCCUGCCAGGGUCGCCGCUGCAAACGUAAAAUGCCCUGGCAAGAUAGCUAGCCCGAGAAACACACAGUGCUUAAGAGAUUUAUUUUAUGACGACGACGACGACGACAAUGCUAAACUGCAUCUUCGUUGGAGCGCCUCAUGCCACUUGGCAUCUGGCGUCGACGCGCGAAGUCGUUAAUUAACGGUAGUGACAGUUAUUCAUGUAGGAUGUUAAUAAAGGAAAAGAUACAGGCCGCUGGCGAUUUGUAGCCGAUUGAAGAGCCACCGUGGCUCAACAGUAACAAUACGCUUCGGUUGUCUGUGUGUGAAUUGUACUUACUUAGUAGUGCAAGUGUAGGGGGAUCUCGAUCGCUAUUGUUGCCAGUCUGUGGCCUAAUAACUCUUGAUGGUCUCGUUGCAUCACGUUUCGUGGUCGAAUGGUGCCGUGUCCAAGACAGCAACCAAAGUAAACUCAAUUCUCGUCUUUCAGCCCCCGUCAAACAUCUCGCGUAGAUUACUCGCGUGACGGCUCCCACCGUCAUUUGGCAGGGGCCACCUUAGCUAGCUGAUGUUAGUAAUGCGUUAUUUGUCUUCACACUACCACAAAAGACUGCAACUACGCAAAGCAUAGUCCAUAGUAUAUAUAGAACGAGGCUUGAGUGCCGAGAGAAAAGGGGAAAGAAAUCCUCAGAGAAUGAGAGCCUACGGUGAAAAUAAAUCUACAUAUAUAUUAUUAAUACAUAUAAGUAAAUACGUAGCUAUAUAUAUAUAUAAAAAAAAAAAUAAAUAAAAUGCAAGAACGAACGAGAUACAAGCAGCUUUAGAGAAACUAUGAUCUACCGAUAUGAAGUUGAAAGGAUCAUGUGAAGAACAUCGCGAGUCCAGUACCACGUAUUGUUUCUUUAGCUAUGUAUCGAUAGGUUUGCUCGGAACUUUGCAAAAAAACCAGUUAGUUCUAUCCCACCGGUGAAACAACGGAGGCGAACAUUUGCAACAAGAAAGAACACGAAAUAGAUCUAAAAAAAAAAAAAGUACACCUAAAAAACACUACAGAAAAAAUUAGCAAUAUAUUUAUAGCAAGAUAUAUUCGUGAAGCUCGCCAAUGCAGCACGGGCGAGUUCUUCGCUAUUUGGUGCCUUUGUUGUUGCCGCUUAUGGUCCGCUCAUUGAGUUUGAUUGUAACGUAGACAUGUGGCCAUAUGCAUGGAUCGAUUAACUGAUUUAUGGGAAGAUGCAUCAUCCAUAUCAGUACCGAACUACGAUUGAAUACUCAACAAGAUGGGCUUCCCCAAAAGCCCUUAUCGUUAUUGCGACGAUAAUCAUAAUAACAACCAAUGCUCAAUACUUGAAAACGAUGAGAAAGAACCCUCACUAUAAUAUUAACAGGAACAAGAGUAGAUUGAAGACUACUAUUAAGAUAAUAACUCGAACCUUUAGAAUGAUAAUAAUAGUAGUAAAGUAAGAAUGUUCAUAUGAUAGAUGACGAGUGAGUGAUGCGAUAGUGGAGCGUCGAUCAACCCAUUGAUUGCAAGGGUACAGUUGAUCGAGUUCCGACGAUCUCGGAAGCGCCGAUCUCGACAGCGGACCGUUUUCAAGCAGCUCAUCACCUUCACAGACAAGGGACCAGCCUACAUACAUAUACAUAUAUAUAUACAUACAUACAUACAUACAUACAUAAACAAAACAAAUAUUACUACCACCUCUAGACGAUCACCAAUCAAUCAACCCAGUUAUUUAUUUAGCUGUCAUCUAUUUAUUCAACCCCGAAUCGGAGGUCUUUUUGUUGCCAACUCGAGUGCGAUACGUAAGAAACUCCCGCAAAGCUGAGCACAAGCUUCCGUCACACAUUACAUACGUCAGAUCGAAGCUUAGUUAGAACGUUUGAGUAUCGAUUUUUCUAAGCGACUACCUUCUUUUAUAUAAAUAUAUUUUUUUUUCAGCUACGUUAAGAAAUCCACGUUCUUUCCUCUUGAUGCUUUGUCGGUGCCCCGUACGUUCUAUAUAUUCCGACCAUGGACAGACAAAGAGAACAGAAUGAACAUAGGCGAAAGUGGCCUGCGAAAAAAACUUAAACAUCACAGAACACUGCUCUAUUUGUAUAUGUUUGCGCGCGUAGGUGUGCGUACGUGCGUGUGCUUGUGUGUGCUUGUGUGUGUGUAGAAGGUGCGUGUGGAUGGCAGAUGUGUCGAGCUUGAGAAACUGUUGACAACAAAUUGUCGUCAAUGGAUCGAAGUCAAUUCCUCCGGCACCGGCCGCUAACCGAGUUGUAAUAAUGUCAACUGUAAAUACUAAGUCAGGCAUAGUAGAGACAAAAAUGAAAGAGCUAAUAAAUAAUAGAAUGAACAGAAAAAAAAACACUAUAUUGUAAA